AUGGACAAUACUUCUUAUCAGGAUAAUGUAAAUGAUGGUACUGAAAUUGCCCCAUUAAGUGUUGAAGAAGACGCUGAUACAUCAAUGUAUCCUAAAGCGCCUGAAUAUCUAUCCUUUCCAAAAUUUUCCGCAUUUGCAAUUCCUUAUAUGCUGUUAAUGGAAGCAUUCGUAUACAUUUAUCUUGUUAUAGUAUAUCUGGGUUAUCUGAGGCCGAACAGUGAAACAGCUAAAAGGGCAAAAAUAUCAUCAUCAGGAGUUGAGGCAGCAAAAAAAGCAGUUAAUGAAAAUAUAGAAAAAUUAGGGUCUAUAACACUUUGGGAAAUUGUAUGUUAUAAAAUGGUAGCACUGUACAGGUUAAACUGCCUCGGUGGUGUAGUGGCUAGCUUGUACGGUUGCACACCCGGAGGUCCUGGGUUCAAAUCCCGGGUCAGGCCAAGUUUAGUUAUUGAGUCUUUCUGUUUAGUGAGCCUCAGGAAUAGUCCGGAGUUGGGAAGUUGGCGGUAUUUCACCGCCGUGCCUCGGAGAGCACGUGGAGGAUUUGCCCUCUCCAAUGCAGCCAAAAAAGAAUACACCGAUUUGAACGGAAAAAUAGGGAUUCUCUUAAAAAAUCUUAAAAAUUUACCAAAUUUAUUUAUUAUUCUUCUCAUCAUUAUAUUCACUGUUUUUACCACAAAUUUCGCGUCAAAUGUUGCUGUUUGUAACGUCAUAGCACCUAUUGCUAUGCAGUUGGCAAAAGAGAUUAAUCAAAAUCCGUUAUGGUACAAUAUAGCAACUGGUUUCUCGUCCUCUUAUGCUCUAUGUUUACCAGUUGGUACCCCUGGAAAUUUAGUUGUUCAAGGCGCCGCCAAUAUACCCACGUCGAAGAUGAUAAAAGCUGGUAUUGGUCCUACAAUCUCAACAAUUAUCAUAACCUGGUUAGCUAUAUGUUUUUGGGCACCUGUUGUCUGGCCAGACUUAAAGAGUUUACCUGAUUGGAUAGAA